AUGGUGCGGCUGAGCAACACCAUGAUCGGGAUCCUGAACGCAGUCACCUUCCUCCUCUCGGUGCCCAUCCUGGCGGGGGGCAUCUGGCUGCGGGCCCGCGCCGACGGCACCGAGUGCGAGCGGUACCUGGCGGCGCCGGUGAUCGUCCUGGGGGUCUUCCUCAUGCUCGUCUCCGUCGCGGGGCUCGUCGGCGCCUGCUGCCGCGUGACCUGCCUCCUCUGGUUCUACCUCGUCGCCAUGUUCCUGCUCAUCGUCGUCCUCCUCGGCAUCACCGUCUUCGCCUUCGUCGUCACGCACAAGGACACCGGCGAGGCCGUCUCCGGCCGCGGGUUCAAGGAGUACCGGCUCGGGGACUACUCCACCUGGCUGCAGAGGCGGGUGGAGAACGACAGGAACUGGAACAGGAUCAGGGGCUGCCUCCAGGACGCCAAGGUCUGCAAGUCGCUCGAGGACAGGAGGGAGACCCUCGACCAGUUCAUGUCCUCCGAUCUCUCCCCCAUCCAGUCCGGCUGCUGCAAGCCUCCGAUCAGCUGCGGCUUCACCUACGUCAACGGCACGCAGUGGAGCGGCCCGGCCAAGUCGACGGAGCCCGACUGCAGCGCGUGGUCCAACGACGACGGGGCGCUCUGCUACGGCUGCCAGUCGUGCAAGGCCGGCGUGGUGGCCACCCUCAAGCGCAACUGGAAGCGCUCCGCCAUCAUCAACAUCGUCUUCCUCGUCUUCAUCGUCAUCGUCUACUCCGUCGGCUGCUGCGCCUUCAGGAACAACCGCCGCGACCACCGCAACGGCGGCGGGUACAAGCAGCAGGGCGCCUACGCCUGA